AUGGGAAAUACUCCGUCACACGCUCACGGAUCACCAGCAAGAGGUGACGGUGCUGGCCCAAGCCUAGGCCGCGCCGGCUCAACCUCGCGGCGGCACGCACCAAACCUCCGCCUGCCCAUGCCCCAGCGGCCACCAGCACACGUAUCGCCCCAGUCAUCAAACCCAACGUCACCAUCAGGCCGCCCAGGCUCGCCGAGGCGGCGCAAGAGCCUCGAGCUGCCCGACAUGCAGAAACUCAGCUUCACCCCCGCCGCGCCCCAGCCCACAACGGCAACCACCACGUCCAAUGCCAACGCCGCGCCCAACGCAAAGGCACCAGCAGCCGCCGCGCCAGCCCCACCAGCACCAGCACCCGCCAACGCCAACGCCGCCGCCGCCGCCCCGCCACCCACAUCACCGGGCUCGUCGAGAAAAUGGCAGCAGGCGCUCGGUGGCCGCGUCGCGUCCCCACUCGGCGGACCGGGCCUCGCACCCAUGUCCAAAGUGGACAACAAGGUGAUUCCCGGCGUGACCGUCGUGCCCGUCAACGACUCGUCGACCUACUUUCCAUCGCAGCCCAUCCCCAUCCGCUCCCCGCGUGCCGGAGCAGCCGACCUGGCGCCAGCCACGGCAGCCGCCAACGCACACGAGCGACCACACCCCCCAUCCGCAAGCCGCAGGCCAGAGGUCAAGCCUGCCGACACGCCAGUUCGGACUGGCCUCACGCCCCCUCCACCCACCGUGUCGCCGACGCCACCGCCUGCCGCCGAUGCGGGCACGGCAGCCAACGACGGACUCGUCGAUGUCCCCAUCCAGUGGAACGGCGGUGGCAAGAACGUCUACGUCACGGGCAACUUUGCUGACAAGUGGCGCGGGCGUAUCAAGCUGAAGAAGAGCACACACGACUUUAACACGAUUCUCCGUCUCGCGCCGGGCCAGUACAGGCUAAAGUUUAUCGUCGACGACAGCUGGCGGUGCUCCAAGGCGAUCCCGACGGCGACAGACGACGACGGCACGCUCGUCAACUGGAUCGAGGUCGAAUCGCCCAAGACGGAGGCCGAGCUGCAGGCCGAGUGGGCCAUGGAUUCGAAGCCGGCCGUCAAGGCCGAGGACGUCGACGACAGCCAGUGGACGUCUGAGAUCCCAGCGUCCCUCGUCCUGUACCAGUACCUCGAGGAGCUGCCGCAAAUGUUCCCGCCAGACGUGCUCAAGCAGUACGUCGCGAGCAGCCCGUACUUUUCGCCCGUGCCCAAGCCGCCCCAACUCCCGCGUAUCCUCGAAAAGGUCAUCCUCAACACGGACACGCGCCGCCCCGACCCGAGAGAACAGGACGGCCCGCCCACCGUCGGUAUCGACGACAAUUCGAUUCUUGCGACGCCGAGCCACGCCGUGCUGAACCACCUCAUGGCGAGCGCAAUCAAGAACGGGACGCUGGGUGUGGGCACGACGACAAGGUACAGGAAGAAGUACAUUACGACCAUGUUCUUCCGCCCGACGCCAUCUGACCUCAUGCCUACGCAAGAGCAGGCUGCGGCCGGUGCGGCCGCCGCCGCCUCCGGAGCAGCCCCCGCCACGACCGAGGCCAACGGCGCCGCCGCGCCGCCAGCCGACGCGGCCGACCCCCCUGCGCAGCCUGCAGAGCACGCCGCGCCCGUCCCCCCUGCGGCCGCGCAGUGAGCCCCCGCACUUGUACAUACGUGCCACGCACCAUGAUCAUGUAGAC